UUUUAGUUGGAGAACCAGCAGCUGAAUGAAGAAGAUGAAACUCUUUGUCCUGCUGACGCUCGGGGCUCUGGUGGUGCUCAUUAACGGAAUGCCACCAAUCAGCAGGGACAUCAACACCCACAGCCGGUUUGAUGAGCGGGGAGAAGGUCUGUCUGAACCCUCGGUCUGCCUGGGUGAAGAAACUAGUCCACUUUGUUCUGGAGAAACAGCUCCACAAGCAGAAACCCAAGAACCAGGCGUAGUCAUUGUAAUCCAAACAACACUUCACUUUAUCUGCAACAAUGAGCCACUUUGUGUUUUAUCAUUAAAGCUUUUCUGGUU